AGUGCCAGUGUUGUUGUGCGAGCCGAGUGUGUGCGAGCCGAGUCAGCAACAAUGCCUUCAGUUCAGUAUCUGAGAGAGUUUAUCAACGAGCGACUAACUGCUGCUGCUGAACAAAUAUUCUUGGAGUUUGAAAAAACGAUCGUCCAGUACGAGGAAGAGAUCGACCGUCAGCGCAGACUGCUGGAUAUCACCUGGAAACCCGAAAUCAAGCUGCACAGGACAGACGUCCCACAGCAGCAGGUCUGUGAGGAGGAGGAGGAGGUUCUCCCUGAGCAGCAGCUCUGGAACCAGGAGAGGAGCUCCAGUGUGGAGGAACCAGAAGCUCCACAGAUUAAAGAGGAACAGGAGGAACUGUGCAGAAGUCAGGAGGGAGAGCAGCUGGGACUGAAGGAGGAGCCGGAUACCUUCAUGGUGACUGCUGCUGAGGAAGGAGAGCACAGUGAACCAGGAGGAGACGAGGAGCAGCUCCUCUCUCACAGCUCUGCUGGAGCCGAGAGCCAGGAUCAACGAGGAAACAAGGAUGGAGCGUCAGAACUCCCACAUCACCAGAAUGUGAAGGAGAUUCUCCAAGAGCAGCAGUUCUGUAAUGCAGAGAGGAACCCCAGUCUGGGCCAGGAGGAACCACAAGGACAACUUUUGCUCGAGGACGGGACCAAUACCUUUAUGCUAACAGCUACUUGUGAGGAAAGUGACCACAGCGACUCAGAAACAGAUAGCGAGCAGCUCCUCUCUGACGACUCUCCUGAAACUGAAAGCAGAGAUCAAGAAACGAGCAAGCAAGAAGGGUCGGGGUUAACUGAAGAUGCAGGGUCAAAGCCAAAGAAGGGACGUCAGGGAAAGGAAACUUACCAGCUCAGCUUGCCGAUUUCAGUGAGCCAGUGUAAUGAGACUUUCAGUAUGUCCCGGGGAAAGAAGCAUCACAUGAUCCAAAACAAUGUGAAACUCUACGUGUGCAAAAUAUGUCGUAAAAUUUUCGUGAGAAGGUAUCACUUGUCUAUGCACAUGAGAAUCCACACAGGUGAAAAACCAUAUUGUUGUGAAACAUGUGGGAAACGUUUCAGUAUAAAACGCAGUUUGGCUCGUCACAUCACCGCUCACACAGGAGAGAAACCAUAUUGCUGUGAAACAUGUGGGAAAAGUUUCAGUGCUAAAAAUAGUUUGUCUUACCACAUCACCACUCACUCAGGCGAGAAACCAUAUUCAUGUGAAAUAUGCAGGAAAUGUUUCGGUCAAAGCAGUGCUCUGUAUCUCCACAAGAAAACCCACACAGGCGAGAAGCCGUAUCAUUGUGACAUUUGUGGGAAAAGGUUUCGUCAAGCUGGUCACUUGUCUCGCCACAAGAAAACUCACACUGGUGAGAAACCAUAUUCUUGUGAAACAUGUGGGAAAAGUUUCAGUCAAAGCAGUGUUCUGUGUGCGCACAAGAAAAUCCACACUGGGGAGAAACCUUAUCAUUGUGAAAUAUGUGGGAAAAACUUUAGUCAAAAAAGUCACUUGUCUCGGCACACAAAAACUCACACAGCUGAGAAGUUGUAGUCCGUUUGAAAGACUGCGUUCUUCUGUCGGUCAGUAAAAAUAAUGUUUCAGUAACAGGUGGAGUAGAGAGAGCUCAGAAGUGCCUUUACUUUGUCACAUUAUAUGUGGUUUGUCAAAUAACAUCAAUUCAAUUCAAUUUUAUUUAUAUAGCGCCAAAUCACAACAACAGUCGCCUCAAGGUGCUUUAUAUUGUAAGGUAGACCCUACAAUAAUGUACUUCCUAUCUUGUCUUCCGUUCACUCUCAGUAAGUUCUACGUAAUCUCUGUUUAUCUUGAUCUGAUGCCUACUUUGUCUUUUGUCUUAAUUUUGAAAUAGUCCUUUCGUACUUGUUUAAUCUCACCAAACACUCUCUUAUGUGUUUGUGAUAUAUUUGUGCUAGGUCCCUAAAUAUAUUUUAUCUUGAAAUGAAGCUUCCACUGUGUGUUUUGUUAGUAUUUGUAACUGUAGGAAAUUUGUAUUCUUUUUUUUUAACCUUUCCUAAAGUUGUUUCAGGAUUUGGAAGUGAUACUAACAAAUAAAAAAAAAAUGUGGUUAACAUGAUGUGAAA